CCCGUGAUCAUCCCCUGUCGCACUCACCACGGCUUCUUCAAUUUUUCUCUCAUUGUUCUGAGUUGUGCGGGACAUAAUCCAACAUCAAAAUGUUCUCCAAUCAUAUGACAACAAUUGUGCGACUUGCUGCACAACAGCAGCAGCAGCAACAACAACGUGGUAUGGCGACUCUUAAAGCCAUCUCCAUAAGAUUGAAGUCUGUAAAAAAUAUUCAAAAGAUUACACAAUCAAUGAAAAUGGUGUCCGCUGCUAAAUAUAAUAAAGCAGAACGUGAUUUAAAGCAAGCUCGUCCACUUGGUGUUGGUACAAAACAAUUUUAUGAACAAGCAGAGAUUCAGGCACCAGCAGACGCUCCGAAGAAGCUUGUCAUAGCUGUAACAAGUGAUCGUGGUUUGUGUGGUGCUGUACACACUGGAGUCUCUCGUAAUAUUAGGGACGUUCUAUUAGCAGAUGCCAAUGAACGUGAAAAUACAAAAAUUGUGUGCAUUGGUGAAAAAUCGAGAGCAAUUUUGUCCCGUUUAUUUGCUAAUAACAUACUGUUUGUUGCAUCCGAGGUUGGUCGUAAACCACCUACAUUUAAUGAUGCUGCUAAGGUGGCAACUGAAGUUAUGAACAGUGGUUACAGCUUUGGUGCAGGACGAAUUGUUUACAAUCGAUUUAAGUCGGUAGUAUCAUAUGCUGUUGACCAACUACCUCUGUUUGAUAAGAAUGCAGUUAUCACAGCGCCUAAGUUGUCUAUAUAUGAUUCCCUUGAUGAAGAAGUAAUUCAAAGUUAUCUAGAAUUCUCUCUCGCUUCUUUGUUGUUCUAUUCCAUGAAGGAAGGCGCCUGCAGUGAACAGUCCAGUCGUAUGACAGCCAUGGACAAUGCCAGCAAGAAUGCAGGAGAAAUGAUAGAUAAAUUGACUCUAACAUUUAACCGUACUCGACAAGCUGUAAUUACUAGGGAACUGAUUGAAAUUAUUUCUGGUGCUGCUGCAUUGGAUUAAAAAAUGUAUAAAAUUUUUAAUAAAGUUAAUACACGAUAGUUAUGGAAUGUAGAUCAGAUGGACGCUGUCAUGUUGAGGUCGGCUGUAUGAUCGUUCUGAAGAACAACCUCGAAAUUAUGGUGGAACAGAUGUGCUGCAAACAAUUGAAUGUUUGAAAGCGCAGCAAUAUUUAUAAAUUCAGAUACAAAAUAAACCAUUGAAACACUACAGAGAUGCUGUAUUUGUUAAAGUUCUGGUUAAAACUGCCAAAUGAAAUAAAUGAUUCUGUUAACUUUUAGUUUUGCAUUUGUU